GUUGAAUAUACAUACAUUUUACCUUGGUUGCUUGCUAAACGAAUCCUCCACAAGAUAUAAUACUACACAAUAGUACUUCUCAUAUCAACUAUAAUCUCAAUCUCUGCAAAUUAAGAAACCGAACAACUCAAAGACACGGCAAUUAUGGGCGCCAAAGAAUUAUUCUUCAAGCUUCGAAAGCUACAAAACGGAAUGAGGCCUUCUUGCGCUCAAAACCCGCAACUCCAGAGGAUCUCCACGAAUGAAUCAUUAACCUUCUCUUUAUAUGAAAGAAGGAAGGCGACCCACAACAAAUUAGCAAAGGAAAGAGGAGCGAGAAGCUUUUCAGCAGAAGAAGAACAAAGAAAGAAGAGGAAAGACGAGAAGAACCGGAUAAAAAAUGAGGCAAAAGAAGCAAGACAGAUGGUGGCCGAGGAAUACGCCACGGGUCAAUUAAGUUUGCAAGAGAUGAAGGCCCAGCUAAAGAAAUCGAAAAAGGAGGAGAAGGCACAACAUUCCCAGAGGCGACAGCUUGAACUAUGUAACGAGGAGCGGAAAUGGAAAGAGGCGAGUGAGAUGAUCGAGAAAAAAUAUGGGAUUGAAACACCUCUCGAUCCCGAUGAGGACGAUACUGAUGGGGAGUGGAACUGUAAGGGCGGUGCGGUGAGCCCGAGAGAGUGGGCUUAAAGGGGUAGGUAGAGAGACGGAUUCACUAUGAGUGCUUGGGGUUUGAAGAAUUGAUGAGGACAACACUCAUACACAAGAUGUUUGAAUACAAUA